GCAUCAGCUCCCAGUGGUAACAGCAUUAUUGGUGAAAACAUGGGUUUGUUCAUUGGAGGCCUGCCCGAAGAAUUUGCUCUUCUAAGGGAUGAUUCAGGGGAUACGAAACUGGUGCGAAGGGGCUUCUCUGGCUGUCUAAGGGACGUUAGUUUAAAGAUGACUGACAACCCUUUAGAGGAAUGGAAAUUACUGGAUUGGAAAAAAGCCACAAAGAAGUUGGGAGUGUACGAAAGCUGGGAAGGAUGUCCUCUUCAUACUGUGGAAGGAGUCCAUUUUCUUGGGGAUGGUUAUUUGGAGUUAGACGCAGGUGUUUUCAGUGGAGGACAAAACUUCGACAUUUCCAUGGAUUUCAGAACUGACCAGCUCAGUGCACUUUUGCUGUUCACAUACAGCUCACAAACUGAUGAUUAUAUGCUUGUUGAACUGGAAGCUGGUCUCUUGUCUUUUAUUCUUGCUGCUGGAGGCCAUGUGACUGAACUUCGUAUGUGGGUGGGACUUAGCUACUGUGAUGGAGACUGGAAGCAUUUGUCAUUGGCAAAACGGGGUUCUCUCAUCUCUGCUGCAUUGGAUGAGGUGGCCGAGGAAAUAAGGGGAGUGGGGGGGGCAGCAAGACUGAGAGCUGAAUCCCCGAUGUACCUCGGCGGCGUACCAAUUGAACUCUCGCACCAGGCUCUGAAUGUUCAUAGUCACAAACAUGGGCUUGGAGGCUGCAUACGGGGGCUAACUGUUCGCAGUGAUGAAAGAAAUCCUUCUGCCAGACAAAGUAUUAAUCUCUCAGUUGCCUAUCGCCGCUCUGUUAGAGUCAACUUAGAUGGCUGCCCUACCAGUGAAAGCCGGUUUAACUGCAGAGGAAAUGAUUCAGUGCUUGUGUACACUGGAGGACAGACAAAAGCCACAGAUCAUAGUUUGCAGCCUUUUACAGAGUACUUGUACAGGUUUGUCGCCUUGGCUCCAGGAGGUUUGGCAGCAUCACCGUGGCAGAGAGGUCGAAGCCGUGGCCAAGUACCUACAUCUGUACCACCUCCAUCCACAGUGCAGAGUAUCAGUGGCUUCAGUGCCAAGGUGAGCUGGAUUCCACCUACAGGUGACAUCCGAGGGCUUAUUGACAGAUAUGAGCUUAAAGCCUACAAUAAGGACCACCCAGAGGUACCACCUAUCACAGCCACUUACCUGGCUAAUGGCAAUUUCACAGGUGUGAUGACUGGUCUCACUCCAUCAACUCAGUACAUUGUUACUGUAAGUGCAUGUAGUCCUACUGGCUGCUCUGAGAGUCCUGUUGGUAACAGUGGUGAUGAUAAUGAUGUAAGAUCAAGCUUCAAAACCCCAGAAGAAGUUCCAGACAGUGUCUCGCCUCCACUUGCAGUUUCAUCUCCUUCAGCUCUGUUUAUCACCUGGGAACCUCCAGCUAGGCCAAAUGGAGAUAUUACGGAGUAUUUGCUCUAUCACAACGAUGAAAUGGUCUACAGAGGAAAAAACAGGGACCAUAACAUCACUGGUCUUGGUGUGUACUCAACUAACUUAUUGGUACUGAGUGCUUGCACUAAAGUGGGCUGUACCAACAGUUCACGAGUUACAGCUCUGACCUCUCAGCUUCCACCUGGGCCACUACAUGCACCAAGUCUCACCUUGCUGGACUCAAGGACUUUAUUUGUGGAGUGGUCACGUCCCUCACAGAUAAAUGGCGUUUUGAAGUCCUACUCCGUCUUUCUGUCACAAGAUGGUUCUGAGCCCAUGCUUGCUUUUAACAGCUCAGAACUUACUGAAGAGCACACACUUCGCAGCCUAACUCCAGGAACAUCCUACUCCGUCACCGUGGCUGCCUGCACAGGAGGUGGGUGCACCAAAAGCCCCCCAAGCCAAAUUCAGACAGAGGAGAGUACCCCAGAAAACGUUCCUGCACCGCUGGUCAUCCCCCUGUCCCCACAUUCACUGAACAUUAGCUGGACCCCUCCUGAGACUCCUAAUGGUGUUAUAACAAGCUACGGUCUCUGGAUGGAUGGAGUUCUUGUUUUUAACUCCAGUUCCUCACAGGAGUUCUUCGUAGUGGAAGGACUUUCUCCUUGGAGCCGUCAUGUUAUUAGACUGCAGGCAUGCACAGCACAGGGCUGUGGCAAAGGACCAAUGGUGGAGGCACAUACUUUGGAGAUGGCCCCAGAAGGCCCUAUACUUCUGGAGUUGACCAAUCAGAGUUCUAGAUCUCUCCGAGCCCGUUGGACUUCCCCUCCUAGACCAAAUGGAAACAUCCACUACAAACUGUACUACAAAAGCAAAGAUGGUCAUGGUGUGUUGGACGGGGGAUCAGCAGCAGGCAUUUGGUUGUCUGUAUCUGACCUAGAGCCCUACAAAAACUACAGCUUCUGGAUCAGAGGAUGUAACACACAGGGUUGUGUUGAGAGCCUGCCACUCAACCUCACUACACCUCCAGCAGCCCCAGAUGGAUUGUCACCUCCGACUUUAGUCGAUGCAUCCAGCACCAGUCUAAAUGUAUCGUGGUCUGCACCUGUCAAGUCUAACGCCCCGGGACCUCUCCUGUACAGUUUGCAAAUGAGAACAUCUCCGCAGAACUCUAUCAUAAGGCUUCUGGAAAAUGCAACAGAAACUCGCUCCUAUAAUGUUGAGGGUUUGUCACCAUUCACCAACUACCUGUUCCGAGUGGUGGUUUCACAUUCCCAUGGACAGACGGUGGGGCCUUGGGCAACCCUAUGUACAGCUGAGGAUCAUCCAGGACAAAUAGACACACCAACUGUUAUGGGACUUCAUCCUCGGACUGUAUUAGUUACUUGGGAUCCUCCAGCUCAAAGAAAUGGAAUCAUUACAAAUUACACCCUUUAUCUUUACUCAGACUCCAUCACUUCUCUAGAUUAUAACCCUAAUUUAGUCACCAGCUCGUCCUACAACUCAGAUUUAUCAUCAGAACCAAGCCUGACUUCCACCACUGAUGCAGUACUCAAUUCAGAUUCUAACUUAUUGACAUCAUCAAAUCCUGGCAGACCUGAGGACUCUGUGGCUUCUGUAGAUUAUGAUAACAAAUUGAGCAUAAUUCAAGAAAAUGCACACAUCAACCACUUCUCCACCAUGAUUCCUAGUGUUGUUGAAAAGACGCAGACGGAGACAUCUAGUGAAAAUACUAAAGGUCAUGACAAAAAUAUGAUCUUAUUCAAAACAGCUGAGCCUAACAGCAGCAGUUUAAAUCCAGACAUCUCACCAUCAGUCCCAUAUUAUCCUGAAAGUAGCUUGGGUCCCAAUCAUUUUAUUACACCAUCUACCAGUCCCGUCUCCCCCUUUUCUGCUACUAAUUCUGGAUCCACUCCACUCUCUGUCACUGUUCCUGGAAAUACCACCAGUUACACUUUCCUCAAUCUACUUCCCUACCAAACAUUUCACCUCCAGGUGAGAGCGUGCACAAGGGUCGGUUGCUCAGUGUCAGAGACAUCUCAGUAUUUCCAGACUCUACCAGCUCCACCUGAAGGGGUGCCUGCACCUUACCUUUACUCCGAAACACCGACAUCUGUUCUCUUAUCCUGGGGUGCACCAGAAAAAAGCAAUGGACCACUAGAACGUUGGGUGAUCGAGCGAAGAGUUGCUGGAACCCAACAAGUCUCCACAGUAGGCCAUCUUCCACCCUUUCCUCCCCCUCUUUCGUUCCUGGACUCCUCCUCAGCUCUCAGUCCUUGGACAGGCUACCACUAUCGGCUUGUGCUCCAUAAUGAGGCUGGAAAGGCUUCUGGGCCCUGGGCCAGUGUCACCACCAGACCUUCUCGGCCAGCUGGAUUGAAUCCCCCAAGAGUAAAAGUUAUUGGAUCCGACUCGCUUCAAGUCACAUGGUCACCACCUUUGAUUCCUAAUGGAGAGAUUCAUGGAUAUGAAAUCCGUCUCCCUGAACCGCGAAUCUUUCAUGACACCAUAAAUUCCACGGAGCUCAAUGUCACGAUAAUAGACCUUGUUCCAUACACAAAUUACAGUGUGACUGUGCUGGCAUGUUCAAAAGGUGGAGGAUAUGUAGGUGGAUGUACAGAAAGUCCUCCAACUCCUGGUUCCACUUUACCAACAAGACCUGAAGACCUUUCACCUCUAACAGUAGUGCCAGUCAGUGAAUCUUUUCUGGCCGUUUCCUGGCAAACACCAAAUCGGCCUAAUGGACCCAACAUCAGAUACAAGUUGCUCAGACGUAAAACCCACCAACCCCUGGCCGUCACCAUGGUUCCCACAUUAACAGCCACUUCCCCACCCCCCUCUGAAGAUCUCCAUCGCUGGUUCCAUGUUUACUCCGGCACCAAAUUGUUCUAUGAAGAUAAAGGCCUAAGCAGAUUUACCCGUUACCAGUACCAGCUUGUGGUUUAUAACGAUGUGGGCUUCACUUCAGGAGAUAUUGUUACUGCAAUGACAUUGGCAGGGGCUCCUCUCAAACCUCCUACUCUGUCUGCUCAUGCUAUCAAUCACACAGCUGUACAAGUCAACUGGAAUAAACCUUCUUUGCAUGACCUGCAGGGAGAAGUGGAAUCAUUCUUCCUCUCAAUAAACUCCUCUGAGUCCAGUCCAUUGAUGUGUUAUGGACCUGAGGUCAAGUCAGCUGUGAUAGGAAACCUUUGGCCCAGGACAACCUAUUUGAUAUCGCUGCAGGUGUUCAAUGGUGCACAUAACACAACUAAAGCAUUGGUUGACGUCACGACAGCUGAUGGAGAGCCAGAAGGGAUGUCAGCUCCUGAAGUGGUUCCAGUAAACAGCAGCACAGCCCGUGUCCUCUGGUUCCCUCCUUAUCGACCCAAUGGAGUAGUUACUGGUUACAACAUCUACGUUAAUGAUCGCCUUCACAGCAGUGUGGACAACAGCUCUGGUUCAUACCUUCUGGGGGACCUACUACCUUUUACAGUCUACAAUAUACAAGUGGAGGUGUGCACGCUGUAUGCAUGUACUCGGAGUAAUAUUACUGAAACAACCACUGUUGAAGACCUGCCAGCUGACCUGCCCAGUCCAAAUGCCCAAGUAAUCAGUCCUAGAGUGGUGAGAUUAGAAUGGGCCCAUCCGGGCAAACCCAGUGGGAUCAUGCUGGGCUACAAGGUUUUAAGACGGACCCUUAGAUCAUGCACCGAUGGGUCAAUGGGGUCAUCCUCAGCCAGUGCCCAUGGUUUAAAAUUUAAAUGUUCGUACCUGGAGUGUCCUGUGGGUAACAGCGUUUGUGGGACAUCCUGCUUUCAUCCUGAAUCACAGGUAUGUUGCAGUGGAGUACUGCACAAAAGACAGCCACAUCAUCAUUGCUGUGACGAGCUUUAUUUAAGUUGGAAUGAUUCUUCCAACCCUGUGUGCUGCGAUAGCAAACUUGUCCCAUCUCGCCCUAAUCAUCAAUGCUGUGGAGGAUACUUUACUCUUAUAAAAAACAAUGAAUACUGCUGUCCUGACCACUUGCAGGGACGGGUCUCUGUGGGGCCUGGUGACAGCUGCUGUGGGGGGGUUCCUUAUUCCAUGACAGGGGGCCAGCUCUGCUGCAGUGGGAAACUACAUGAUGGCUAUGGGCUCCAAUGCUGCGGAGGCCUGAUAGUAGAUGACACCUUGGUUUGCUGCAAGGAUGCUGUGCAUAUAUAUAAACCAGGGUUUAUCUGCUGUGGAGAAGAGUAUGUCAACUCUUCAACCUCUCUCUGCUGUGUUGACAACGAUGGAGCUGCCACAAUUCACCCCUCUGGUAAUGCCACAGUGACACUGCAGUGCUGUGGGUCAAAGGUCAUACAUCUGGAUGAAGAAUGCUGCAAUGGGAUCGGUUUCGACCCCCAACGGCAUGUCUGUGCUGAUCAGGCCACAGCUGGACUGCUGAUACCGCACCAGUGUUUUCAGGGCGCUGUCUGUCCUGUGGCUGCUGCAGCUACAGCUUAUUGUGGCUCCUGCAACCUUGAUCCUUCUUUAACUGCCUGCACUUGGGUCCUGAAUGCACAUCCAGACCCCAACACAUCAUCCAUGACACAAGUGUCAUUCAUCAGCCCCACGCUGGAAACCCUCACUACGCUGCCAGAACAUGCAAACAGAAGUAAAACCAUAACAUCUGACAGAAAGAAUCACACGAAUACUGAGCACCCAGAGGCAGGCGGAAAUCUGUGCCCUUCACAUGAGGAGGUGGUCUACAGCGGUGACGCCAGUGCUCACACAUUUACAGACACUGAUCUGGAGCCCUUUACAACUUAUGCGUAUCGAGUGAUGGGCUGGAACAGCUUUGGCCCAGGUUCCAGUGAUGUUACCACAGUGACAACCAGUGAAGACAAGCCAUGGGGAGUGGCCCCACCCCGCUGGAGUUGCCUAAGUGAACGAGAUGAUAUCAUCCAACUGCAAUGGGAAGCUCCUGCAAGGCCUAAUGGCAUUAUAACCCAUUAUGUUGUGCUGCGAGAUGGACAAGAACGUUACCGUGGAGAUGAGAAUACUUUCACUGAUGUGGGAGGGAUCAGGCCGUAUCAGGAGUUCUUCUACCAGUUGAGGGCCUGUAACCAUGCUGGCUGUACUGAGAGCACAAAGGUGGUGGCAGUGACAGCACAGGGGGUUCCAGAGGAUGUAGAGCCUCCGGUGGUAACAGCUGUUAGCUCCACCUCUCUCCACAUCAACUGGUCUGUGCCUUCUCGUCCAAAUGGAGUCAUCCAGAGGUACCACCUGAAUCAGACUGGAGUCGGAACCAUAGUCACACACAGUGGUGGACGUAAAAAUUAUACUGUGACGGGUUUGCAGCCAUACUCGGACUACAGUUUUUUGGUGGUGGCAUGUACGACUGUAGGAUGUGCAGCCAGCGAACCUUCUACAGGACGCACAAUGCAAGCCUCGCCUAGUGGUGUGUGGUCCAGCCCUAGACACCUGGUAUUAAACACAUCCACUGUGGAACUGUACUGGGAUCAGCCAUCUCAGCCUAAUGGGAAUGUGUUCCAGUACACUCUUAUAAGAGAUGGUCGCACUGUUUUUACUGGAGAUUACAGGGACCAGAAUUAUACUGAUACUGGACUCCUGCCAAAUCACAGGUAUUUCUAUGAAUUGGAGGCCAGUACAGCAGGCGGCAGUGGUUUGAGUGAGAUAUAUGCUGUAGAUAUGCCAGUCUCCUGCCCCACUGGAAUCCUACCCCCCUUCAACAUGACAGUUUUAGGCCCUCACUCCGUAUCACUUACCUGGUCCCCUCCUGCUCAUCUAAACAGCAGUCAGCCUGUCUUCUACAAUGUCCUGUUGAAUCCAGGAAGUCACAAAACCAUAAGUCGUCAUGCUGGACAAGACUUGCACCUCUCUGUGAUGGAUCUGGAGCCUUUCACCACUUACUACAUACGAAUACAGGCCUGUCAGAAUGAGGGAUGUGGGGUUGGAGAUGGUGUCUACAUCCACACUUUAGAGAAAACUCCAGAAGGUCUGCAGCCCCCCACAGUAAAGGCCCUGGGGCCUAAUGUUUCGGAGAUCCAAUGGACACCUCCAAAGAAGCCGAAUGGACUCAUCACAUCCUAUCAUAUAUACAGGCGACCAUUAGGAACAGAAGAGGAGUUGCUGGUUUUUAUUUGGUCCAUGGGGCCCCUUGAAUUUGUUGAUGCAAGUCCCACCCUGCAACCAUUCAGCUUCUUUCAGUACAAGGUUAGUGCCCAUAACUCCAAAGGCUUCGUGACCAGUCUGUGGGCUCUAGUCCAAACAUUAGAGGCACAACCACAAGAAAUGGCAUCCCCUGUUAUCAUACCCACUGGUGCUUAUUCCGUUUACUUGAGAUGGCGUCAACCAGGCCAGCCCAACGGUCUUAUUUCCUGUUAUAGACUGGUUUACAUCAAGCACCUGCAGGACCCAACUCUGAACUCAACUACUUAUACAGCUCUCACUGUAGAGGGUUCAGUGUUGGAGGCAUCAGUCUUUGGUCUUGACCCAUACAGUCAGUACAGUCUCCGUGUGGAAGCUGUGAAUCGGGCAGGUUCUGUUUCCAGUCCAUGGGUGGAGGUCAUGACCCUGGAGGCUUCCCCAGCAGGUCUGGGAAACAUUACAGUAGAGCAGAAGGAGGAGGGUAGAGCUUUGCUGCUCAGCUGGGAGGAGCCACGUUCUCCAAAUGGAGUCAUCACGAUGUAUAAUUUGUACAGUGAGGGGAACCUGGAGUUCAGUGGGUUAUCACGGAGUUUCCUGUUUCGUCGUUUGGAGCCAUGGACUGUUUACUCUCUGACUCUUGAAGCCUGUACCUCGGCAGGAUGCACGCACAGCCCUCCUCAGCACAUCACCACAGCGGCUGCACCACCUGCAUUGCAGCUGCCCCCUAAGCCUCUUUCUGUUGGCUCUGACCAUGUGUCCUUUACUUGGGAGCCUCCCUCACAACCCAAUGGGCCAAUUGGAGAAUAUUCUCUGCUUUGGAGGAGACUGAAAGAGAGCGGGACAUCGCAAAUUAAUGAAGAAGAUACCGAUGGGGGAAAGUUGCUCUUCCCAGAAUCAUCCCCACAGCGAGCCGAAUCCCUCUCCUAUACCGUGACCGGUUUGCGUCCCUGGACCCAAUAUGAGUUUAGCAUCUGUACUCACAACCCAGCCGGACACACCUGCAGCUCCUGGGUAACUGUAACAACAAGACAAGCCCCUCCUCGUGGCCUCACCACUCCAAGAGUGAGACACGUCCAUGGCCGACCCAGUGAGCUGGUGAUAUCCUGGACUCCUCCUUUGGAGCCAAAUGGGGUUCUAAAGUCUUACAGGAUACAGAGAAAUAAUGUCAGCUUCUCAUUCAGUUUUGACCCGACUGUCUUGACCUACACAGAUGAAGACCUGCAUCCAUUCUCAACAUACAGCUAUUCAGUGACAGCCUGCACUUCUGAGGGAUGUACAACCAGCCCCUGGACUAACAUCACAACGCUAGAGGCCCCACCUGAGAUGGUAGAUCCCCCCACAAUGGAUGCCAUAACUUCUGAUCUUAUAAACAUUUCAUGGAGUAAACCGCUGAUGCACAACGGAGAGGUGACAGAAUAUAUCCUGAAAAUGAACAACAAAGAGGCCUAUCGUGGGAGAGACUUUAGUACAGUGCUGUCAAAUCUGCAGCCGCAUACGUCCUAUCAGCUGGUUCUGUUGGCUUGUACCAGAGGUGGCUGCACUACCAGCAAUACGACAACCGUUGUUACUAAGGAAGCUCCCCCAACACAUCUGGCAGUCCCAACUCUUAAGGUUACGGGACCAGAGUCCGUUGAGAUCACCUGGAGACCCCCCGAUCAUCCUAAUGGGAUCAUCACUGGGUAUGAGCUCUGCAGAGAUGGUGAAGUUAUCUACGUUGGCACAGACACCCACUAUCACGACUUCACUCUCCUGCCAAGCAUAGAGUACCGCUAUGUUGUCAGGGCCAACAACAGCAGAGGUGCUGUAAGCAGUGAGGUAGCCACAGCAAAAACUCAUCCAUCAGUCCCAUCUGGUGUGGCUCUCCCAACGCUAACAUCACUGGAGGCAACCCGGGUUAGAGUAGAGUGGCAGACUCCAGCUCGACCUAACGGAGAAAUAGUGAGCUACGCCGUGUAUCUGAGAGAUCCUGUCCAGCUCAACAUCACCAGUGCUAUCUUUACUCAAGAAGAUAGUUCCUUUUAUGACAAGCAAAUCAUAUUGCAUCGACUGAGUCCUUACCAUAGGUAUGAAGUGAGGGUAGAAGCCUGCACAGUGCUGGGCUGUUCUUCUAGUGACUGGUCCUCAGUAUGCACACUGGAGGCUCCCCCUGCUGGUCAGCCAGCACCACUCUUAGAUCUCACAACUGACCCUCAGUCCAGCCUGCAGACAAGCUUUCUUCUCACGUGGUCCUCCCCAGCUCUGUCGAAUGGUAGGAUCCUACACUAUGAGGUACACCGCAGACAAGACGCCUUGGACACAGACAAGCCGGGUACAGCAACAUCUGUUUAUAAGAAUGUCUCCACAUCAUUCAAAGACAGUGGACUUCAGCCUUACACGACAUACCAAUACCAGGUGUGGGCUGUAAACUCAGCUGGUAACACCUCCAGCCCAUGGGUCAGUGGGAGGACUGGACCUGCUCCGCCUCAGGGUGUGGGCCCACCUAUUGUCUUGGAUGUUUCAUCAACUUCAGCGGUCGUGGACAUCCUCCCCCCAGCUAAACCCAACGGGAUUGUGAGCCUCUUCAGAGUGUUUUCCGAGGACCACGACAACCUAACUCUGCUAUCAGAGGGAACAUCCCAUCAGCAGACACUCCAUGGUUUACGUCCUUACACUCAGUACUGGGUGGGAGUUGAGGCAUGCACCUGUUAUCAGUGUUGUAGCCGGGGUCCAGUGAUACAGCUUCACACCCUUGCUGCUCCGCCAGCCGACCAGCGUCCCCCUCGGCUCAUCACCCUGACCUCUCGCUCGGUUCAGAUGGAGUGGGACGAGCCCAUGGAACCAAAUGGAGUCAUUGACAGCUGUGAGCUUCAUAUCAGGUCCUCCUGCCCACAGCCCCCACAGCCCAUCCCUUCAGCCUGCACACAGGGACUAACAGAAAUCUGCUUCUUUGGCAAACAACUGAGCUAUAAUGUCACAGGUCUCCAACCAUACUCUACCUAUGAGCUGAGAACUGCCUGCUUCAAUAACAUGGGCAGCACUGCCUCCAACUGGACAACCGUCAGCACACUCAGCGAACCACCGCAGUACGUGUCUCCCUUCUCUGUGGACAGCAACCUGACAGUAAUCUGGAUGGACUGGACCAGGACCUUUUCCCUCAACGGGUACCUGAAGGAGUUCACUGUGAUGGAGAGCCAGCUCAGAGUUUACACAGGCUUCUACAGCUACCUUCACAUCCCACGCACAUCACAGAAAACCUUGUCGUUUCAGGUGACUUGUGUCACAGACAGCGGCAGUGCCAGCACGCCCACCAUCAGAUACAGCCCAGCCACAGGCCUUGGUCCUGUUGAGCCUGUUGAUGGUGAUAAGCAGGGUGUCAGCAUUUCAGCCACACCUGUUUACUCUGAGCUGUGGUUCAUUCUGCUGUUCGCACUGCUGGGUCUGUUCCUGCUUGCUUUACUGAUUGGCUUACUGUUAAAAAGAGCUUUGAGGAAGAAUCCAUCAGCCAGAGAGCGCCCUCCACUGGUCAUGCUUCAGAAGAGCAGGAAGGCCGGAGGAGACGCGUACUCGUUUGACACUGUAGCAGACUGUGUUGAGAUCAGCAACAUUAUACUUAAAAGCUACACUGUGUACACAGAGGGUCUGACAGACACAAAGAUUGUUGGCAGCAGUUCACGCUAUAGCCCCAUGUCUGUCCUGCGGGCUCCCAGUCAAACUGACCUAACUCAAGCCUACUCCCAGCAUUCCCUGCAUCGCAGCGUCAGUCAGCUGAUUGACAGGAAGUCACUGAUGAUGGACGAAGGAUGUUGGGACAACCCAACGGGAUAUGAUUCUGGACUGUAUGUGGAGGAAGAUGAGCUUGUGGACGCCAUCAAGGCCUUGACUUCUGUGAAAAAAGAGCACACCAUGUUUACCGACACUCAUCUUUAGGCUGGUAACGGUGAAAUACUGGAGCUGAUUAGUGUCCUGUCGUAUUCCCACAAUGUGUUUGACAUGGAGUAGAGCAAAGCAACCUUCGCUUUAGUAGAAUCAGGGACAAAACAGUGCUUAGACUUCACAGUUUGUAAAUAUCUGACUCAGAUUCUGAUCGAUUUUCUCUGCUUGCCAACUAUUUUUACAGCAUUUAAAUUCCCAGUAGGAUCAAAAUAAUCCAGCAGUAGUUCUGGUCAGUAACUCCCAACCUUUUAACUGUGCCUAUUACAAUAUUUUAAUGGACAGAACUAGAGCUUUAAUAGUAGAUAGACACAUGGUCUAUAUGCUGUUAUUACUGAAUGGAUUUGCCAAUUAUUUAAAUGUUUUUAUUUUUAUUAACUUUUCUUAAAACACGUUGCUGGAAAUUGCAGAUGUAAUGUCUGUUUAUUAUAAUGUGACCAAAAGGUCCAACCUGAGAUUUUGUCCUACUGCAUCUUUGUAUAUUUAUUGCUUUUUUUGUGAUUUUAAAUGUAAAGCUAAUGGCUGAUAGUCAACUCAGAUCUCUGUACUUGCUGUUAAUGGUUACUGACUGUUGUUUCCAUGGUUUACAGAUUAUAUCACUGCUCUGUCGUUAAAGAACCUUCAGUUUCAAUAAGAGAAAGGAAAACUCCUGUUUAGCGUCUUCUAUAGAAGUAAAAAAACACACUGAUUAUAUCUAGAAUCCACACACUAGAUGUAGAAGCUGUACAUAUUAGAGAGCUAUGUUUACUUUCAUUGUAAUGUUGAUGGGUUAUAAUGAUUUUUGCAUACAAUAUUAAUAACUGCUGUUAUGACCAACUUAAAAAAAAAUGACAGUAUUAUUUAUGGCUGUAUUAUCUGUUAUUCAAAGAUAUGUUGUAGA